AUGGUUUACGCGUUUACUCUGCCAACAACUUCCCCUUUGUCAUUCCAAACAUUCAUUUCCUCUUCAACACACCCGUCACUCCCACAGGCUGCCUCCACUGCCCGCCAUGCUCUCCGCAUCGCCCUCAAAGCUCACAAACGCCUACCCCGCGGCUCCCGACAGGACGCUCACCUCCCGACGGUCCUCGCCGCUCUGAAUGAAUACAUACCUUAUGUCUUUACGAUCGCACAUGGUCUUACAGGGAGACCAAUUCAUCAUGAAUAUACACAUUCUGGCGAUGGUGACAGAAUCGAUAGCUCUAGAAACAUGAGCUCCCUCGCCGGCGAACAUAUCGAGAUCACACUCCGCGCCGAGAUCGAAUCUUCCUGGAAGCCUACCCUAUCGGCAGGCAAUAUACUUAAUACGGGAGGCUCCACUGGCAUAUCAACCGCUAAAUCAUUUCGUCCCCGCGGAGCGCGCGUAUCCGGCCAAGGCAUCGACUUUGAAAUCGCGUUUACACUUACAACACUCGGAUAUGUCCUGAGCCGGCUCGCGCGCGUGGGCGUUGUGGAAACCCUCUAUGCAGCCACAACACAAACUGCCGAACAACGCCUUGCUGCAGUGCAAAAUGCGACCCGCAACCUGCUACACGCUAGCUCGGCGCAUGGGUUCCUUGCUUCGUCUCCUGCGCUCUCCGCCGCCACGACAGCGACUGUGCCGGACCUGGACGCCAGCACGCAAUCUGCAUUAUCGUCACUGGCUCUUUCGGAAGCGACGCUCCUUGCGGUUAUGAAAGAUGAUGCCUACGUCACGGCGUGCAUUCAAUCCCGUAACCCGAAUGACCGGGAAUGGAUGGUCCGCGCGCCGGAAAUCCCGAAGGUGCGGGCGCUUCUUUUUGCAAGGCUGUGUGUGCGCGCAGCGGAGUAUGCAGAGCAAGCUAACGCUGGGUUGAGCGCCGUGGGAUCUGGGGCUGGGCGGAGUCUCCGUGUUGAUGAGGAGGUUAUCGGCUAUGCGGGUGUGCUGGGCCGUGUCGCUCGCGCUCGCGCUUGUCGGUUCUUCGGUAUUGAUGCGGAGCUGGCUGGCAAGACCGGUGAGGGCAUUGCGUGGCUGCGUGCGGCGCGGACUCCUUUGGGACUUCGAGGGGGGUCUUCUGCUGAAGAAGAAGCUGCUGGAGUCCCUGCGAAGAGCGGCUUUUCUCGAUUGAAGCGUGAAUGGACAGAGCGGCGGGAAGAGCGAAAGAUUGGCAAAGACGCCGGCAGUGGGCACGGUGCCAAGGGCGCGUUGGAUCCGGGAGAUGAUGCAGGACGUAGCGAGGAGCGCCAGGUGAUUACUAUGCUGGAGACGAAGUGGGUGAAAAUGAACGAUACUAUUAACACCCAACCCAUUCCCCCAUCUGCUCCUCUGCUUGCUAACUUGCCGUCUGGUCGGGAUAUCCAUACUCCGCCUGCACCUUACAAGGCCGACUCCCUGGACAGAGAACACUUGAUGCAAAUGCGAGCCCAGCCAGACGAGAGAUUGGACCUGCACUUUGGAAGUGAUCCAGAUGAUAGCGACGAAGAACCUGUGUCAGCUGGGGGUCGGUGCCUCCUGGCGGAUUUCCUGAUCGGACCCAGACAGCCUCAAAUGUGUACUAUUGAUAUGAUACCCAGAACUAUGGCCCAAGCGCAGAUAAAAGGAUACGCGUUAUAUGCUCUCUUUAUUUCCGUAGAAUAG